AUGCUCCAACGCCGCGACGCCGAACACGCGGAGCUCCUGCACACGGUCGAGACACUCGAGGAUGAGCUCCGUCGGGCCAAGACAAGACCCACACCGACGGAAGCAAAGCCCCUCGCACCGUCAUCGCCCAUCAUCUCAGCGCCGGCCCACGCAAUCGAGCGCACGGAGCACGGCCGCAUGGUCCUGGGCAGAGACACUACGGUUGCUGGUUCCAAGUUGCCGAUACCAGAGACCAAGCCGCCGCCCAAGACCACGCCGACACCCAAAACCAGGCCAACGACCGAGACCAAGCUACUGACCCCUCGAACGAUGAGCUCGGUCAGCACAAAGAAGCCGUUGUCGCGCCCGGUAGAUGCCAAACCAACGCCACCACGGACGCUGGACCUCUUCAAGCCGUCGCUACUGAGCUUUCGGCCCAUCACGAUCCGCAAGCCGCUCGAUCUGAAGGUCACCGGUCCGCGAUCCACGCCCGUUCUCGCCAAGCCCGUGAUCACGUCAACGCCCGUCGCAUCAUCCACUCAACCGACACCGACCACAACGCCAACAGUCGCGUCCGAGCCGCGGCGUCUCUUUCCGUCCCACGGAACGCCCGAGCUCCCUGCGACGUCAGGACGGACGCUACUCGGUCUCAAGCGCAAGGCCGGCGACCUGUCGCUGCCCAAGCCAAAGUUCUCCUUUGGCAAGGCGCGCCUCCCAAAGGCCCCAUGA